AUGGCCAACAUCACAGCCCCCACAACCAAGACUUUGGCCUCCGCCUCCGCUGCCAAAGACAAGGCCUUCGAUUUCUUGGCCGUGCUCAUGGAUAGCUUGGUUGGCGUCGCAGCCGAAGCUGCCGACCCUGACGAGAUGGAGUUGGACAAGGAGACUGGCAUCAAUAUGGAGAUGGGGAUGGAGAUGCGGAUGCAACAGAAGAUGGAGGAUAUGCAGGUCGCUGCGGUGGAGGAGGACGAGGACAUAGGGGAGGAUGAAGACGAGGACGAGGAUAUGGAGCUCGGUGCCCGCGUGGACGAGAAUCAGGAUAUGGCGGUGGGUGAGUACAUGCAGGAUGGCGAGGACAUGGAGAUGGUCUAG